CUCCACACUGCAGUCAUUCAUUCAGAUAGUGAGCUGGCCGCUGGAUCAAGUGAACUUCAGGAGCAGUUAGAGUGAGAGGAGCUCAGGAUCUGAUCGAUCAGCUCUCUCUCAGUGCUGUGUGUGUGGAGGAGGAGACGUCUCCUGACUCAGACUCUCAGUUCUCUGGGCUUCACUGACACCUGCACCAUGAGGAAGGGCUCCUGCUGCAUGUUCACGUCGGGAGUCGUCGGUGCUCUUCUCCUGAUCGCCGGGAUCGGCCUCUUUGUGUCCGGAUUCUUCCAGACCUUGAUCCACAACAAGCUGAAGGGGGAGAUCACACUGACGGAGGGCAGUAAAGUUUUCGCCUCGUGGAAGAAUCCACCGCCUCCAGUCUACAUUCAGUUCUUCUUCUUUAACGUCACCAACCCUGAAGAGUUCCUGAAAGGAGAAGCCAAACCUCGUCUUACUGAAAUGGGGCCGUACACUUUCAGACAGUACAGGCCCAAACGCAACGUGACGUUUGUGGACAACGAGACGAAGGUCUCAGCUUAUACAGUCAAGAGUUUUGUCUUCUUGCCUGAGAAAUCAGUUGGAGAUCCGAAGGUGGAUGUGGUGACGACGGUGAACAUCCCAGCCGUGGCCGUGAUUAAUCGGAUCAAAGGCCUGGGUUUCUGGGUUUCCUCCGGUAUCUCUAUGUACAUGGGCUCCAUCGGCACGACUCUGUUCAUGACACACACCGUGGAGGAGAUGCUCUGGGGCUUCAAGGACCCGCUCCUCACCAGACUCAAAAGCAUAAAGCCCGACACAGAUGAGUACUUCGGUCUCAUGAUAAACAAAAACGGCAGUAAUGACGGUGAGUUCGUGUAUCACACCGGAGCGCAGAACUACAUGGACUUCGGACGCAUUUUCACCUGGAAUGGAGAAAAGAAGCUGUCGUUCUGGAGAACCAACCAGAGUAACAUGAUCAACGGCAGCGACGGGAGCGGCUUCCACGCGCUCCUGAGCAAAGAAGAGCGGCUCAACGUCUUCUCCCCUGACCUCUGCAGGUCCAUCCACAUGCGCUUUGAGAAGGAGGUGGAGGUGAAGGGCAUCCCAGCGUACCGCUUCACACCGCCCCGAGCCGUGUUUGCCAGCGCCAAGAACAACCCGGAGAACGAGGGAUUCUGCCUGACGCCGAACAACUGCCUAGACGACGGCGUGAUGGAUGUGUCUGUGUGUCGGAAAGGUGCUCCUGUCGUCGUAUCGUUCCCUCACUUUCAUCUGGGCGCUGAGAAGUACGCCAAAGCCAUCGAUGGCAUUUCUCCGGUGCACGAGCGUCACCAGACGUUUCUGGAUCUGAACCCUACUAUGGGAGUGCCUGUGCGUGCCAUGAAACGAGCGCAGAUCAACAUUCAUCUCGAGAGAGUGACCGGCUUUCCUUUGACCAGGAAUCUCAACAGCACCAUCUUCCCCAUUCUGUUUCUGAAUGAGUCGGUGGUGAUUGACGACGUCUCGGCGGCGAGGAUUCAGAAGCUGCUGCUCAUCGUGACUCUGGUCUCUUAUUUCCCGCUCCUCAUCGUGGCUCUGGGAGUCAUUCUGCUGCUCGUCUGUAUCAUUCUUGUCAUCCGCUUCAAUCAGAACAAGCCGUCUGCGAAGAAAGACACAUCAUAUGCUCCUGUAAGCGACAAAGCGGACGAUCAAGACGAGAAAAAUGGCACUUAUAUCGGCCUGACACCUGUGGACGAGUCUUAAGCAGCUGUGUGUGUGUGUGUCACAGAUGCUGUCACUCUCAGAAGAGCAGUGUGUGUGUGUGUGUGUGUGUGUGUGUCAGUCGUCUUGAUUCACACACAGAUUUCUCAGGACUGACGCUGUGAGCAAACGAGCAUCUGGAUGAAGGACUGAAGAACACACACACUUCAGGCUCAUUCAGCAUCUGUUUCCUUUCAUAUUUGAACACUUUGAGCCAAUUUAAAGCUGCUGUCAGUGAUUGUUUAGGAGUAUCACUCAUCAAAUGUUGUGAAAUCACGUCACACUCGAUUCUGACUCAAGUGACACCCGCAUCUCUUGCUGUCCGUUUAUUACUCGUUACUUAGUGAAAUUAAGAUUUAUGUAUUUGAAUUGCAUGUAAAAUAUGGCUUAUAUUGUUUUAACACAAACUAAUAUAAACUUAAUGUAAUGCAUAUUGGUCAGUCAAACACAAUGAGGUCAGAUUUCUGAAUGAAAUGAAAAAUAAUUAACUUUUUGAAUUUAUUAGAUUUUAUUUAAAUAAUCUUUUUUUUUUCUAAAUGCAUUUAUACAAAAGUUAAAACAUCAGAUAUGAUUGUGGAACAAGCAAUAUUCAGUUAGUUUGAAUGCAUGAGAUUUAAACAAGUUGAUUUAUUGAUGUUAAAUAUAUAAAGCUGGUUACUUGUAUUGUGUAUUUAGAACACAUUCUGUUUAUUUGUGCUAUUACAGAAAUCUGACUGGCUUCAUUUAUACAUGACGGACAUAUAUGCAUCACAUUAAGUUCUUUGGUUUGGUAAAACUGAGUGAUUCAAAUGUUAAAUGCAAUUCAUAUACAAACAAAUUUAAUUUAGUUUUUUUUUUUUUAAGAGUGAAGGGGAGUGGCCUGUUUUUUUUUUUUUUUUUUUUUUUUUUUGCCAAUCAGAAACCCUGUCAGUCAUUUUGCAUGUUCAGAUUUGCAGGCCUCGGUUUGGUGGGCGGGGUUUGAUACAGAGGGCGUGUCUGUCUUAGCAGGUGGAGUUUGAUAUAAAAGGUGUGUGUGUGUCUUUUAGUGGGAGGAGUUUAAUAGGGGCUUGUGUCAGUGGGCGGAGCUUGACACAGAGGGUGUGUCUCAGUGGGUGGAGUUUCUCAUACAGAGUGUGUGGCAGGGUUUGUCAUAUAGGGGACAUGUGUGUCAUUUACUGGGCGGGGUUUAGCUCAGAAGGCGUGUGUGUGUGAUAGUGGGCGGAGUCAAGGGCGUGUCCGAUUGAAGCUGAUAAGCUCCUGAAAUCACUUGCAGCACCUUUAACAAUCAGACACUAUGUUCAGAACUUAUAACCUCUUAAAAGGCCAAACAAAACAACUUUAUAUUCGUGUUACCAAGUGGUCCGUUCACACAUGACGUGUUCCUGCAUUAAACAGCUGGACUGAGGUCAGUGCAACAGAACAGAAGCAGUGAUACACAAACAUUAACGCAAGCGUCCGGUGUGAACAACCCACAUGUGACUGAACCUGCUGUGCCUUUAGUUACAAACCACUGCGUUGAUUUAAUUCAGUUAAGAGCUGACAUCUCAUCACUGUGCCUUGAUUUCAGAAGUGUACAAUACUAAAGUUACGACUGAAUAAUUCAGUAUUUGUUGAUCUGAUGUUGUGGAAUAUAUCACUACCAGUCAAAAGUUUUUGAACAGUAUGUUUUAAGUCUGCUCACUAAGCCUGGAUUUAUUCAAUCCAUUUUUACCAUUUUCUGUUCGAAUACAUUUAUUAUCUAAUUUAUUCCUGUGAUUCCAUCAAUACUCUAGUCACAUGAUCCUUCAGAAAACAAUCUAAUAUUCUGAUUUAUGCGUUUUAGCUUUUUAUUUCAGAUAAAUACUGAUCUUUAGAUUUUUCCAUUCAUCAAAGAAACAUGAAAAAAUAAUUCUCAACUCUUUUAAAUAUUGCUAAUAAUAAUAAUAAUAAGAAGAAGAAGAAGAAGAAUUUUUUUUCUUGGGCAGAAAUCUAUUUCUUAAAGAUCAGGUGACUGUGAGUUAUGAGGUGAGUUAUGAUGCUGAAAAUGUAACUUUCAUCACAGAAAUAAAUUACAUUUUAAAAUAUAUUCACAUAGAAAGCAGUUAUUUUAAAUUGUAUUAUAUUAUGUAUUUUAGAUCAAAUGAAUGCAGGCUUGUUGAGCAGAAGAGAAUUAAUAAAAAACAUAAAAAGAAACUGUUGAGUUGUAGUGUGAUCUCAGGUCUGCAGUCUGUCGAUGUGAUCUUUGAUCCUCAAACACUGAACACAGACGCUGUCUGAAUGAUUUUACAGGAGAGGUUUGUUAGUAUUAUUAGAUUGCAGGAUUGUAAUGCGAUUGCAGUUCUUGUAGUGUUACUGAACUAAUACAGAAGUAUUUUGAGCGGUUCAAUCUGUAUGUUCUCGUGGUUUAGCGCACAGAAUCACACGCAUGUUUUGCCAUGUUACUGUUUAACGUGUUAAUACUGGCUUUCCUUAAACUAGAUGCUUCGGUGCAAAAUCAUAACAUAAUAACCUCUUCUCAUUACUCAAGGUAUGUAUUAUCAUAUUGCACUAAAAUCCACGAUAUUGAAUCUAAUUCUGAAGCUGCACGUUUAACGCACUGUGUUUUUCGAGAUGGUCACUGGGUUCGAUCUCUGAGCCAUUUUAUUUGAGGUUUCUGAUUUAUUUUAUGUUGUUAUAUUGAUGUGCCAGACAUGAUUGAGAUCAAUCAAAAAAACGAAUAUUGCACUCAACUUUGAUUCGCUUGGAUGUGAAUGGAAAUAAAAAAAGAUGUUUGAGUUCAAAUGCUGGUGUUUAAGACUGAAUGUAACGUGGUUUAAAAGUGUUUGGUGUCAAUUCAGGUGUAGCUAAAUAAAGCUGAAUCUUGCCUUUAUCUGUGUAUGAACUGAACUCAGUGGCCUUGCAUCUUCCAACACAGACUGUGUCUUCUGCAUCUGUCCGGCUCGUAGAUUUCUAUAUUCAGACUGCACAAAUAAUUGUACAGUUUUGUAUAUAAAUGAAGACUUCUCCUGUGGAUUUAUAAGAAAUUUCAAUAAAAGUCUUUUUGAAAAGCA